UUGUCUAUCAACAGCUUUGAAUUGUAGUGCUCAAACACAGCCUACAAUUUACCACAUUAACAAGAAAUGGCGCCAGAUAAGAAGGAUAAGAAGCGCAAGGGUAUGUUGGCUUUGCCCCUGUUCAGACUUUUCAUGUCGGUCGCUCACAACUUUGCAGCCGCCGCCGCUACUGCCGCCGCAGACUCGCCCGCGAAGAAGACUAAGAAAGUCGCGGCUAAGCCCACCGAAUCCACCAAUGCAUCCCCCAAGCCUAUUAUGAAGAAGGACAUGGAUUCUGGCGCAGAGAAGCCUGCCGCGAAGUUGAAGGUUAAUGGCAAACCGGCAAGACAGGUCAAGCCUCGCAAGCGCGCUGCCGAUUUCCUUAGCGAUAAUGACGACAGCGAGCCGGAGGAGGCUGCCGAGACCAAGGCUGAGACAGAGAUGAAGUCAAUCAACAAGAAGACCAAGAAGGCGGAUGGCACAGCAGCUCCCGCCCCCAAGGAAAAGACCAAGGCCAAAGCAAGCACCAAGGCGAAAAAAACAGAGCCUGUUGUAGAGGUGUCUGAUGACGAUGAGGAGUCUGCCGCAUCUGGCGCCAGCGCAAGCGAGGUUGAAGAGGAUGACCGCACCGCCGCGCUCAUCAGGGGGUUUGAAAGCAGCGGAGAUGAGGGCGAGUCUGGAGACGAAGGAUUCAACCCCGAUCAAUCGGUGCCUAAGAUACCCGAUUCGAAGAAGGCCAAGAGAAAAAUUUUGAAGAAGCAAAAGGAAAAUAAGCAAGAGGCAGAGGAGCCUGGUACUGUAUACGUUGGCCGUAUCCCCCAUGGUUUCUAUGAGCAUCAGAUGAGGGCUUACUUCUCGCAAUUCGGCGACAUUUCUCGUCUGCGUCUUUCUCGUAAUCGCGUCACUGGCCGCUCCAAGCAUUACGCCUUCAUUGAGUUCAGUUCGACCUCUGUGGCAAAGAUUGUCGCGGCGACUAUGGAUAACUACCUGAUGUAUGGCCAUAUACUGAAGUGCAAAUACGUACCCCAGGAACAAUUGCACCCGGAGAUCUGGAAGGGCGCCAACAGACGGUUUAAGCGGACCCCCUGGAACCGUCUCGAGAAGAAGCGACUUGAAAAGGGCAAGACAAGAGAGCAGUGGUCUGAGCGUAUCGAGCGCGAACAGCAGAAGCGAAUUGCUAAAGCUGAGGCACUCAAGGCUCUGGGCUACGAGCUCGAGUUACCCCAAUUGAAGAGUGUCGACGAGGUCCCCGUUCAGCAGGAAGAGAAUAAGACGAUUGGAGUUUCCGAGACGGCACCCGAAGAGCCCCCUAAGACUAUUGAGACGCUAAAGGAAGAAAAGAAGAAGGCCGAUGAUACCCCAAGGAAAGCGAAGAAGGACAAGAAGACGGGAGCACAACAGGCCGAGCAGGAGGCACCAAAGGAACAGCCCACAAAGGAGGCUAGUGCAGCUACUGCUUCGCCUACCACUAAGGCUGGAGCAAAGGCUAAGAAGGCGAAAAAGACGAAGGCUAAGGCGUAAAUUUCCUGUUGUACAUUCUCUGUAACUUUCUAGCAUACAUGAUGUUCUUCCACCUUUUGAGAGACAAAAAAGUGACUAUGCAAUUUGCUUUCUUCAUUAUCAAAGUCGGUCUACACCUGAAGGGGUAUGUACCAUAAUACCUAAUGAAGGACUGGUGAUAUCUUCGAACGACCUCAGGAUUCAGUUUACCCACGUAGAGUCCAAG